AUGCCUCCCCCGAUAUCGACCGCGGUUUGUGGACCUCAAGUACCUGGAACACGGAAUCCAGGCCCCGGGAUAAAUAUAGCCGAACUUAAUCCGUGCCCACUAAAGGCAUGCUGCAACAUUUAUGGGAACUGCGGCAUCAACGAAGACUUCUGCGAUACGUCCAGUGCUAGGAACAAGUGCAUAUCGAACUGCGGGCAGCAGAUCACUAAUAACCAGGUCCCACCAAAAGAGUUCAUUCGUGUUGGCUAUUUCCAAGCUUACAACAAGGAACGACCUUGUUUGCACAUGGAUGUCACGCAAGUUCCGAAUACGUUUACCCACUUGCAUUUCGCAUUUGCAGAUAUAGUCGCCGGCUUCGAGGUGUCGGUUUCGAAUAUCCAAGAGCAAUUCGAUAAGUUUGUCAAGAUCACGGACAAGAAGCGCAUUCUAUCAAUCGGAGGGGCCAGUUCGUCUACAGAUCCAUCCCGCGCCCGAAUUCUCCGCGACACUAUUGAUGCGACUAAUCGAGAGACGGUGGCGACGAACCUGGCAAAUUUCGUCACCGAGCACAAUCUUGAUGGCCUCGACUUGGAUUAUGAAUUUUUCGAAGUUCAGGGUCUUCCUUCCUUUAACGCGGCCGACGGACUAAAUUUAUCUCAGUUGCUCAAAGCACUCAGGGCCAAGUUACCGAACAAGAUCCUCACCAUUGCUGUACCCGCAUCUUACUACUACCUUCAACACCUCCCUAUCCGCUCGAUAUCCAACGUCGUGGAUUACAUCGUCUACAUGACGUAUGAUCUUCACGGACAGUGGGACUACGGCAGCCCAUGGGCCUCCUCGGGCUGCCCCGCUGGAAACUGUCUCCGUUCCCACGUAAACAUGACCGAAACCACCACUGCCUUGGCUAUCAUCACCAAGUCUGGUGUUAAAGCGAACAAAAUCGUCGUCGGCGUCACCAGUUACGGACGCUCAUUCCGCAUGACUUCACCAAGCUGCGCGGGUCCAAUGUGCACAUUUACCGGGCCUGCAUCCGGUGCGACCCCUGGCCGUUGCACGACCACUCCUGGAAUUCUUGCGAACGCGGAGAUCAAGGAGAUUCUCGCGAAUAACCCGGAUGCGGACGCGACAUGGGAUGGGUUUGAGUCGGAUUCGAAUGUUUUGAUCUUUGCGACUCAGUGGGUUUCUUAUAUGGAUGAUACGAACAAAAACAAUCGCAUUGCCCGGUACAAAAUGAAUAACUUUGGUGGGACUGUGGAUUGGGCGUCUUUGGUUUCCCAUCUUCAGCAGCCUGAACAAUUCCAACUCUUUAAGCGGCCGAUAACUCCUUAUUAG